AUGUCUUUCGAAAAGUAUGGACAGGAUGUGGAGAAGGAUGCGGCAAGGGCGGGCUCUUUUGCCGACGAGACAGGUGCCGUGCCCGGUGAAAGCUUCGAGUAUGGCAAUAGCACGUAUGCGAAACUUCAGCGGUUAGCCGGAAAAUUUAAGGUUGAGCAGAGAGGCAUUGAGAGGGUGCCAGAGAACGAGAGAUAUGACACAUCCCUGUUAAAUGUUGGAACUAUGUGGCUUUCCGCCAACAUGGUCGUUUCGUCCUUUGCUAUCGGUUUACUCGCGCAGAAGCUCUUCUUACUUGGAUUCGUUGAUGCCAUCCUGGUGUGCCUGUUCUUCAACUUGAUCGGUGUUGUCCCUGUUUGCUACUUCUCCACCUUUGGACCUCGAUUUGGACUUCGCCAGAUGGUGCUCUCGCGAUAUUGGUUUGGAUGGCAUGGUGUGAAACUCAUCGCUGUCUUCAACAUUCUCGCGUGUAUUGGCUGGUCCUCUGUGAACUGCAUUGUUGGCGCCGAGCUCAUCCACGCCGUAAACCACGAUGUCCCAGGCUACGCAGGUAUCAUCAUAAUUGCAAUAUGCACUCUCUUUGUGACAUUCUUUGGCUACAAGGUCGUGCAUGCGUACGAAUUCUGGUCCUGGAUCCCGACAUUCAUUGUCUUCUUGAUCAUUCUCGGAGAAUUUGCCCACUCCGGCGACUUCGUCAAGCUUCCCAUGGGGGUUGGCACCUCUGAAUUAGGAUCCGUUCUUUCUUUCGGAAGCGUCAUCUACGGCUUUGCUACUGGCUGGACCAGCUACGGCGCGGAUUAUACAGUCUAUCAGCCUGUCAACCAGUCCCGAUGGAAGGUCUUCCUCGCUGUCUGGCUUGGCCUUAUCAUCCCGCUGCUCUUUACCGAGUUCCUUGGUAUCGCAAUAAUGACCGCCACCACCAUUAAUGAUGGCAACAACCGUUACAGUGAUGGCUACAAGGAUUCCGGAACCGGUGGGCUUCUCGCGGCGGUCCUUGUCCAUCCGCUUGGAGGAUUCGGCAAAUUCUGCCUCAUUAUCCUCGCGCUUAGCAUCAUUGCGAAUAAUUGCCCAAACAUCUACUCUGUCAGUUUGACGAUGCAAGUUCUUGGCCGCUGGACGCAGCGUGUUCCGCGAUUCGUAUGGACUGCAAUCGGAACCGGCGUGUACAUCGCCAUUGCCAUUCCAGGAUACGAUCAUUUCGAGGCUGUGCUUGAGAACUUUAUGAACUUCAUUGGCUACUGGCUUGCCAUCUACGAAGGUAUAUGCUUCUCUGAACACUUCCUCUACCGCCGCAGCAUGAACGCAUAUGACCCCGCGCACUACGACCAACCAAGAAAACUCCCUCCCGGUAUCGCUGCCGUCUUUGCUUUCUGCUGCGGUAUCGCUGGAAUGAUUGUUGGCAUGAGCCAGGUUUGGUAUGUGGGUCCUAUUGCGCUUCAUGCGGGUAUGGCGCCAUUUGGCGGAGAUGUCGGUUUCGAGCUUGGGUUUGCGUUUGCGUUCACGAGUUAUGCGAUUACAAGGCACUUUGAGUUGAAGUACUUUGGGAGGUAG